AAGUCACAGAAGCUUUGGCCGGGCGGCGAAGCAGACAGACGCGCCAGGCGCCCCGGGGAGGGGCGUCACCAGGGGCGGAGGAGGAGCUGGAAGAGGAGGUGGAGGAGGCCCUCUCGGCCGAGACCUCUCAGAGGCUCUGACCUCAGGGGCUAAGAGAUUAUCUGAUCGCAAGAGGGAAGCCAGGUUCCUCCACCUGGCCUGCCUGAAGAGGCCACGACCCUGGAGGAUCCUAAACCCACAGAGCCAGGGGCCCCAGCACCAUCCCGGGGGCCUAAAGCAACAGUCCCAAGGACCACUGCACGGCCUAGACAACAAGCCCUGGGUCAGAACAACAGCCCUUCCAGCAUCUGCCUCGACAGCAGCCUCAGGCACCAGUCCCAACCCCCAGCCUGCCUGCCAGUCCAGGUGACAUGCCGGUGCUGUCCACGCCACGGUCCUCGCGGGUGAUCACGCUGAAGCGUACAGCUGUGGUCCUGGCCCUCACAGCCUAUGGACUCCAGAAAAUCUACCCUCUUGUGAGGCAAUGCCUGACUCCUGCCAGGGGCGCCCAGAUGCCAGCUGGGGAGCCCACGCAACAAGCUUCUGGGGCCACGGCAGCCAAGACUGGCAUGAACCGGGUAUUCCUGCAGCGACUCCUGGUGCUCCUGAGGUUGCUGUUCCCCAGAGUCCUGUGCCGGGAGACCGGGCUGCUGGCGCUGCACUCUGCGGCCCUGGUAAGCCGAACUUUCCUGUCCGUGUAUGUGGCCCGCCUGGACGGCAGGCUGGCCCGCUGCAUCGUGCGGAAGGACCCCCGGGCCUUUAGCUGGCGGCUACUGCAGUGGCUCCUCAUCGCCCUUCCUGCCACCUUCAUCAACAGUGCCAUCCGCUACCUGGAGGGCCAGCUGGCUCUGGCCUUCCGCAGCCGUCUGGUGGCCCAUGCCUACAGCCUCUACUUCUCGCAGCAAACCUACUACCGAGUGAGCAACAUGGACGGGCGGCUACGCAACCCUGACCAGUCUCUGACAGAGGAUGUGGUAGCUUUUGCCGCCUCAGUAGCCCACCUCUAUUCGAACCUGACCAAGCCACUCCUGGACGUGGCGGUGACCUCCUACACCCUCCUUCGAGCCGCCCGUUCCCGCGGAGCUGGCACAGCCUGGCCCUCAGCUAUCGCUGGCCUCGUGGUGUUCCUUACAGCCAACGUGCUGCGGGCUUCCUCUCCCAAGUUUGGGGAGCUGGUGGCCGAGGAGGCCCGACGGAAGGGGGAGCUGCGCUACAUGCACUCUCGCGUGGUGGCCAACUCAGAAGAGAUCGCCUUCUAUGGGGGCCAUGAGGUGGAGUUGGCGCUGCUCCAGCACUCCUAUCGGGACCUGGCUUCACAGAUCAACCUCAUCCUCCUGGAACGCCUGUGGUAUAUCAUGUUGGAGCAGUUCCUUAUGAAGUACGUGUGGAGUGCCUCCGGCCUGCUUAUGGUGGCCGUCCCCAUCAUCACGGCCACUGGCUACUCAGAGUCAGACUCAGAAGCCAUGAAGAAAGCAGCCUUGGAGAUGAAAGAGGAAGAGCUGGUGAGUGAGCGCACAGAAGCCUUCACCAUUGCCCGAAACCUCCUCACAGCUGCUGCAGAUGCCACUGAGAGGAUCAUGUCAUCCUACAAGGAGGUGACAGAGCUGGCUGGCUACACAGCCCGGGUAUAUGAGAUGUUCCAGGUAUUCGAAGAUGUUCAACACUGUCGUUUCAAGCGGCCAGGGGAUCCAGAGGAGGCUCAUGCUGCAUCUGGGGUCAUGGUACGGUCUGGUGUCCGUAUAGAGGGGCCCCUGAAGAUCCAAGGCCAGGUGGUGGACGUGGAACACGGGAUCAUCUGUGAGAACAUCCCCAUCAUCACACCCACAGGAGAGGUGGUAGUGGCCAGCCUCAACAUCAGGGUGGAAGAGGGCAUGCACCUGCUCAUCACAGGCCCCAAUGGCUGUGGCAAGAGCUCUCUAUUCCGGAUCCUGGGUGGACUCUGGCCCACAUACGGCGGUGUACUCUAUAAACCCCCCCCACAGCGCAUGUUCUACAUCCCGCAGAGGCCCUACAUGUCUGUGGGCUCCUUGCGAGACCAGGUGAUCUAUCCUGAUUCUGUGGAGGACAUGCGGAGGAAGGGCUGCUCAGAGCAGCAGCUGGAAGCCAUUCUGGACAUCGUGCAUCUCCACCACAUCCUGCAGCGGGAAGGAGGUAGGGGUGGGGCAUCAAGCACAGGUUGGGAGGCCGUGUGUGACUGGAAAGAUGUCUUGUCUGGGGGUGAGAAGCAAAGGAUUGGCAUGGCCCGCAUGUUCUACCACAGGCCCAAGUAUGCCCUCCUGGAUGAGUGUACCAGUGCAGUGAGCAUUGAUGUAGAAGGCAAGAUCUUCCAAGCAGCCAAAGACGCUGGUAUUGCGCUGCUGUCCAUCACCCAUCGGCCUUCCCUGUGGAAGUACCACACACACCUGCUGCAGUUUGAUGGGGAGGGAGGCUGGAAGUUUGAGAAGCUGGACUCAGCUACCCGUCUGAGCCUGACUGAGGAGAAGCAGCGGCUGGAGCAGCAGCUGGCUGGCAUCCCCAAGAUGCAGCAUCGCCUUCAGGAGCUCCGACAGAUCCUGGGCGAGGCUGCGGCCCCACAGCCCAUGGCAGCCAGCCUCCCAGGCCCAGGUGUUCCCACCUGACCGGGUACCAAGUCCCCAGCCUCCCACUCCCCAGGCUCUCGGAUCACAUGAAGGAAGCUGCAGCUCCCACCCUGCCCUGCAUGCCUUUCCCCUCCCAAGCCUCCUGGCCACCUGCCUGCCUUCCCCCUGAAGACCUCACCCU